UCUUAUAUCGUCAUUCCUAGGUGUGAUUCUAGGAAGCUUUUUAUCCCAGCUCUCUUCGUAAGGAAGGAUUGGAGGACAGUAGAAGCGCAUCAAGGUCAGAGCUGCUGGAGCUGCCAGGUACCCCCGUACCGCGUGCCCCGCUAAGCCGGGAGCAAGGGGGUAAAGUUCCAGAGUUUGCCCCGCGCUGAACUGCGACUGCGGGGCAUUCCAAUCGACUGCCCCUCCAAACUUUCACAAGCUUCAUGCCACAUACUUAGAUCUCGUCAACACACAAUACCUACACCUAUUUACCUCUACAAUACUGGUGAAUUGACCGUAAUCCGACACGAUGUUCAAGAAAGAAAUAACCGCAGCCCCAAAAUCCAAGCUCAAAUCCUCCGUGCAGCGCUCGCUGCGGCAAUCGCUGCUCACAACAUACCCGCUGCUAAACCAGUACAUGGACGAGAUCCUACCGAAGAAAGGCUCUCUCGAAGCGAUGAAGCUGCCGGACCGGUGCACACUGUACGUGCUCGACUCGCAGCCUCUGUUCUUCCAGCACGGGGGGGACACGUUACUACCGCACCUCCGCCUCGUCCACCGCUUCCCCGACGCGUUUCCCAGUCUGCGCAUCGACCGCGGCGCCAUCCGCUUUGUUCUCUCCGGCGCUACGCUCAUGGCGCCUGGGCUCACGAGCGUGGGGGGGAGGUUGCCGAGUGGGGUUUUAGAAGGGACGCCUGGGAUUGAGGGGGAGGGGUUGGAUGAGGAGGAGAGGUGGACGAGGGAGUUGGCGAAGGGGGAGCCGGUGAUUGUGAGGGCGGAGGGAAAGACGGAGGCGUGUGCGGUUGGGUUUUUGGUUGUUGGUACGAAGGAGGUUAAGGAGAAGGGGAAGGGCCCGGUUAUUGAGGACGCGCAUUACCUUGGUGAUGGCCUGUGGAGGCUUACUACAGAUUAGAGAAGGAUGUGGUGUUGAACGCUUGCGUGAGAGCAAAAUUUCAGCCGCCUCGAAGAGGAAAAUAGGGAUGGAGGUCUCUUUCGGGUGAGGGCGGUGAAGUCUGACACAAUUUGAUGCAUACCGGUCCGAAUAUGAGGGACAUCAUCUCAUGGGUUAUUAUAGAGACGAUUUCUGAGGGUGGUCUUCUGGGGCGACAUGGGUGAAGUAGCAUGAAUAAUGAAGAAUAACUCUACUCAGUGAGAUAUGACAUUUCAACAAUCCCUAACAGUACUAAAACAUGGAACAAUCA